GUGGAAUGGCUUUCACCUUUAAGAAGACUCUUGAAAAUAUUCAGAUUGGAAAUUCACUAUACGAUGAAGAGGGUGCAAAAAUUGUGAAGAAAAUUGUAGAUAAAGCGACCGAAAAGAACGUCAAAUUGGUCUUCCCUGUUGAUUAUGUCACUGCUGAUAGAUUUCAUAAGGAUGCAAACACUGGAUAUGCUACUGAUGAAACCGGUAUUCCGAGCGGGUGGUUGGGUCUUGAUUCCGGCGAAAAGACAAACAUUAUCUUUAGAGAAACUAUUCUCGAAGCCAAGACGAUCCUAUGGAAUGGACCAACGGGUGUAUUUGAGUUCGAAAAAUUUUCAAAGGGCACAAAGUCCGCUCUAGACGCUGUAAUUGAAGCAACAAAUAAUGGUGCAAUUACAAUCGUUGGCGGAGGUGAUACCGCCACUGCUGCCGCAAAGUGGGGCGCAGAAUUGAAAAUUUCUCACGUUUCUACAGGCGGUGGUGCUUCGUUAGAAUUGCUUGAAGGAAAGGAGCUACCCGGUGUUGCUGCACUUUCCGAAAGAUCCUCUCUAUAA